CUCCAGGCAAUCUCCGCAGGUCGCGGCGUGCUGUUGCUCGCGCCGUAUUCAGAUACUUUUUGGUUGAAAGAUCGAGCAUCGUCAGCUGCUUGACGCCAUCGUUCACGAAUUUUCCGCAGCGGUGCCCUCCGGGAAAGGAGCAGCCCUCUUUGGGUUCCAACCCCAGCUCGCUCUGUUUCACUGCGGCGCGGGCCGCGCGCAGAAACAAUGAGUGCCAAAAUCCCCGGCGGCAAGCCGACUGACGACACGAAGAAAAAACCAGCCGAGCGACGAAGGAACCGGACAAACUACCGCUGCUCGAAGUGCGGCCAGCCGAAGCGAGGGCACGUCUGCCCCUACCAGCCGCGGGUCGUGAAAGAUCCGACCGCGCCUGCGGUGCCCACCAGGAACGCCGCGGUCCAGGUCGAAAUGGACGAGCGGUUGGCCGUGCGGCAUUUGUCGCUGGCGGCGCAGGGCUACCCCGAGAGCUACGGGGAGAUACCGCCGCCGCCGCCGCCGGGCGCGCCGCCGAACUAUUCGCCGGGCGGCUCGGGCGCGUCGCCGGACCUGUCUUUUUCUGGUGAUCUCUCCUUGGGCAGCGCCGGCGCGCUUCCGCUGUCGCCCGGGUGAGGUCUCUCGUGUGUAAUCGGUUUUUACAUA